GCCAGAUGAGCUGGCUGCUGGGGCUCCUGGCGCUUUUGUGGGUGCCCAGUGAGCUGCUGGCCGUUCCAACGCCACUCAAGCUGCCAGGCUACACCCACAAACUGACGCCGUACAUCAAACACUGGGAGGCGGCGAACUUCGAUCGCAGUGUGCUGCAGGCAGCCCAGCUCAGGCACUUGGAGCAGGCGCGCUUCCGCCAAAAGCGUCAAGUGGAGCCCACACCGUCGUCGACGUCGUCGCCGCCAUCGUCCUCGAGUGGAUUAGCGCACACAAUAAGAUUGAAUUUCUCGGCCCAUGACAGAGAUUUUCGAUUGGUGCUGCGUCAACAGCCGCAUUCGGUGUUCGCCCACGAUGUGGAAAUCGAGAACACACUGGGACCCAUCGACUACGAUGUCUCACGCAUUUACACCGGCAGCUUGGAGGACGAUGAGGCGGCCCAUGUGCAGGCCAUUCUAACCAGUGAUAAUCUGCUCGAUGGCACGAUUGAAACCCAAGCGGAGCACUAUUACAUCGAGCCAGCGCAACGCUACUCCCAGCAACUAGCCGAGAGUGGCGUCCACAGCAUAGUCUAUAAGUUAAGUGAUGUAAAUAUGCAAAAGGAGCACCUCGGAGGCGGUCUGAGCUCACAGGUGCCAACGAAGACGCACUGCGCCAGCGAAAAGUUGCGAAAAAAACGGUGGCUGCCCGAAGAGGUGGCCAUGUCUGAUAGUCCGAGGCCCACAUACAAUCGUAACCCGCCUUUGCCAUUAGAUCUGGAGGUGCCCUACAAUGAUGAUUUUCGUGUACUGGCCUCCGAAGAGGAUCGGAGCGAUGAGAGGCCAACUAGAAGAUAUCCAACGACCUCGACAACGAGAAAUACUGGCCGCAGCACCGAAAGUUUUCUGGCCACGCUGACGAAACCCACGUCUAACCGCAAUAUACUUGUAAAUAACUAUAAUCCCUCCAAUGUCGGUGAAGGCAGUCGCAGCUACAACAGCAAUAAUGCCAAUAAUAACAAUAGCAACAACAACAACAGCAACAACAACAACAAUGUGCGUAAAUUGUAUACGAAGCACAAGAACAUAAUUGUAAGCACAUACAAUCGUCCCAUCGAGCCAGAGUUUGGCACGCCCUACGAAGAGCCAAACAACAACAGCAGCAGCAACGGCAACAGCAACGGAAAUCUGCCAAGUAAUUUCUUCAAUGCCAACUGGACAACGCUCUUCCUGGGCAACAACAACAAUGGCAACAGCAACGGCAACGAUCGGCCCAGCCACAAGACACACGUUGAGAUUAUCACAAAAAACGGGGCCACCAAGAAACCAAACAUCAUUGUGAAUAACUACAAUCCGGAGAUUAUAUUCGCACCCAAUCCACACAAUCCGAGCUUUAACAGCAUGCUGAUGACGAAUUUGCUGAGCGGACGGGGCGAUGAUAUACACAGCUCGCCCCGGCUGCUGUACGAUCGCAAGACCACGUGCAUGUUGUAUCUGCAGGCAGAUCACACAUUCUUUCAGAAAAUGGGCUCCGACGAGGCCUCCAUUGAGGCCAUCACACGUCAUGUGCAGCGCGCCAAUUCGAUCUAUCGGAAUACGGACUUUAAUAACGAUGGCAAGCCGGACAACAUCACGUUCAUGAUAAAGCGCAUCAAGGUGCACAAUAUGAAUGCCAUGAAGGAUCCCAGCUAUCGUUUUCCCGGCAACUAUGGCGUGGAGAAGUUCCUGGAACUGUUUUCGGAGGAGGACUACGAUGCCUUUUGCUUGGCCUACAUGUUUACCUAUCGCGACUUUGAGAUGGGCACCUUGGGACUGGCCUGGACGGGUGAUCUGAAGAAUGCUGGCGGCGUUUGCGAGAAGAAUGGACACUAUCGGGGUUCCCUGAAGUCCCUCAAUACGGGCAUUGUGACGCUCUUGAACUAUGGCAAGCAUGUGCCGCCCGCCGUCUCACAUGUGACGUUAGCUCACGAAAUUGGCCACAAUUUUGGCUCCCCGCACGAUCCGGAACAGUGUACGCCGGGUGGGGAGGAUGGCAACUUCAUUAUGUUUGCCCGUGCCACCUCCGGAGACAAGAAGAACAACAACAAGUUCAGCACCUGCUCGCUGAAGUCGAUUGAGCCCGUGCUGAAUGCCAAAGCGCGUUCCAUGAAGGGCUGCUUCACAGAGCCACAGUCCUCGAUUUGUGGCAAUGGCGUCGUCGAGCCGGGAGAGCAGUGCGACUGCGGCUGGGAGGAGGACUGCAAGGACUCUUGCUGCUUUCCCAUGUCACGCCAGCCACGCAUAGAUGAGACGCCCUGUACUCUGACGCCGCAUGCCCGCUGCAGCCCUUCCCAGGGCCCAUGCUGCACCACCGACUGCAAGCUGAAGUUUGGCGACAAGUGUCGAGACGACAAUGGCUGUCGGGAUCCCUCGUUCUGCGAUGGCCGUGUACCCCAGUGCCCUCCGUCAGUGAACAAGCCCAACAAGACGAUCUGUAACAAGGAAUUUGUCUGCUAUAUGGGCGACUGUACCGGCAGCAUUUGCUUGGCCUACGGCCUGGAGUCCUGCCAGUGCAUACCGGGACCUCAGGACGAUCGGAUCAAGUCGUGUGAGCUGUGCUGCAAGCUACCAGGCGAGGACAACCCGUGCAGGAGUUCCUUCGAGUGGAACGAGGCGCCAUUCGAUGUCCCCGAUAUGUACUCGAAGCCAGGCACCCCAUGCAACGAUUACAAUGGAUACUGUGAUGUCUUUCAAAAGUGUCGCGAGGUGGACCCAUCUGGCCCGCUGGCCACGCUGCGCAAGCUGCUGCUCUCCGAGGAGAGCAUUGCCACAUUCAAGAAGUGGAUGGAGCACAACUGGUAUACGGUGGCCUUGGCUGCCAUUGGCGUCAUUUUGCUGCUGAUACUGAGCACAAAGCUGCUGGCGAAACGAUCGAAUCUGAAGCUUAAGUCGGUUACCAUCAUACACAGCGCCACCACGGAGACAGUGCGUCUGCCGGAGAACAACAAUGGGGUGAUAGUGCACACCGCAGUGCGGACAAAGGUGCCCUUCAAGAAGAAGGUGCGUGGCGAGCGCAGCAAGAAGUCGGGAAUGGGCGCGGUAGCGGGAGCUGCUGCUGCUGCUGCCACAGUGGCGGGAUCACGUGCAGCAGGAAAAACUAGUUCCAGUACAGAGCCAAAGAAGACGCAAAGAUCGCAAGGUAUUGGCAAGAAGAAAUCGCUGGAGGAUGAGCCCAAAAAGUCCAACAAGAAGCUUGGCAAGCACAUGAAGGAAAUCAUCGAUUACUCGCAUCGCAACAACAACGGCGACGAUGCCUCCAAUCUGUCGACGGCCAACAAUCACACCAACACCUUUGGCAAGGUGCAGAAGUGGCUGCUGGAGUCGCCAAUUGUGGCCCAGCCGCUGUCGCACAUCGAGCACAGCUCCCGGGUGCGCAAGGUGAUGAGCAAGUCGCAGUCCACGCCGGAACGGCUCGUACAAAAGCCCCCGCAGAAGACCAAAUCGAUGGGAAAUCUGUCCAACGAGAAGGUGAAACUGCAGGUGGUCUACAAGCCACCGUUCAAGUUCUCCCUGCGUCUGUCCAAGAAGCCCAAAGUGAAGACGCAUGUGGUCGCAGGUCGGCCCAAACGAGGCCAGAAGAGCAGUACGCGUAGCACUGGACAAACUGCCUCCAAGGACAUCACGGCGCGCACCAAGCGGAGUGCGCUGCUUCUGUGCAAUGAGGCCGAGGACGAUAACCAAAUCCUGACGCUCAACGAGCCCAACUACGAGACGCUGAAGCCUCCGGUAGCGUCACGUGCCACAGAGCACUGCUACGAGAAUGUGGAUCUGCAGGGUGAGGCCUCCACAUCAAAGUCCAGCAGCAGCAGUAAAGUUGCGCCCAGCUCUAACAGGGCCAGCUUGGAGGGGCCAACGCUAGCACCGGCACUAGCUCCCCCAGUUCCUGUACAGCGCAGCUCGUACCGCCGUUCCAACUCGCUGUCCACCCACAAUCCCUUCGCCGUAGCCCCGCGACGUAGCAGCAGCAAAGUGAAAGCCGAUGCCCAGGCCGCUGGCGGCUCUGUGAAUCUCACGCGCAACUUUGGCAGCACCCAAAACCUCAUCAAUCUUAGCCAGAACCUGGCCAAGACCAAGAAGCGGAGCAGCCUCAACCUGAAGGCCAGUGGGCCCAAGAACGGCAAAGAUCCACCCGUGAGCACUGCCACGCCCCAGCGACGUUCCACCUCCAAUGCGAACCUGCGCAGGGACAGCAGUGCCUCGUCGAAGGCGGCGCCAGUGCCGCCGACGCGCAACUCGCGCAACAGCUUCAGCAACAUUCCGCGCGCCAGCUUAGGGGGCGGUGGCUCCAAUCCCACAACAGCAGCCGGUCCGCCCAGCUUCUCGCGUCAAUCUUCCAGCAGCACUACAACGACAAGCUCGUCGAUUGCGGCGGGAGCAGCGUUACCCGCCCUGCCGCUGCAGCAAUCCGCCUCGACCAGCGCCAUGCAACGCCAACCGCCCGCCCAGCCGGGGCGACGAAGUCUCCACAACUUCCGGACGCGCUCAACGGCACCGGCGUCCGUGGCUGCACCCAAGCCAGCAGCGGGGACGACAACCACCACAGACAACAAUGAGCUGCCAUCGGACCUGGAGGUGGUCGUGUCUGACGUCGAGAAUCUGGUUAGCUAAGAGCAGCAGCAGCAGCUACUCAGCGGUUGCCUCUUGUGUGUUGCUAACCAAACAACCAACCAACCAACCAAGUGAAAGUGAUAAGUCUUAAUGUUAGUUAUACAAAUUGUCGCAUAGGUUUACAUGCAUGCAUGCAUAUACGAGUGUAUAUAUAUAUAUUUGUAUUUGUAUUUAUGUACAUGCAAAGAUAUAUGUAUGUAGAUGUACUUUACACUGCCUUAAACUUGCCGUUUCUGCUGAAUAUGUGAAUACCACCACGCCCACGCCCAGUCACACACAUCCCAAGCACACACACAAACACACACACACACACUGGCUCUCGUACAUAUCCCCCGACCAAGGCUCGCCUCUAACCCAAACACACACAGAAUCAGCAUCACACAACGCUCUGCCGCCUACACACCCACCCACCCACACGCACCCAUUGAAGGCCACCGCAAAUUCCAAACCGCCAGUCGCACUCACCUCACCGCACGUUGUACCUUCUACCGUUUACUGUUGUAUUGUAUUCCGUAAACUGAAACUGAACUUUGCCUAUUCGAUGGGGGGGACUCCUUCACUUGCCGGGAUGCUUCUGUGAAUAUUAUAUCCAUUCCAGAACUGUUGAAACAUCUCGAUUGUGGAGAGCCUUCCAAAAUAGGUGGCAGGAUUAUGUUCACAAUCACUCUCGUUAUGUUAACUGCCAAAUCUGGGCGGGCAUCUGUUUGAAACUAAUUUUUAAUACAGUAUUAUGUACUCCUAAUAUUAUGUACCUACCUACUACUUACAUAUGUACACUAUAUACCUAUAGUUUUGCCUACUCUCUUUAACUUUCGAACAACGAUCGGAUCAACUCAUCUGAACAAACACACACUAACACACACACACACACACACACACACACACACGAGAACAAUACAAGGUGCUAUUUUAGUAAUGAACUAAACUUAAAUGAUUAACCAAGAACUUUUCAAAACAUCCUUUGCAUAUUUUUCAAGAUCAAAACUAAGAUAAGAAACAAUUAGGACAGACAGACAGUCAGAGGGAGAGGUAGCCCAAGUAGAUUUUAGAGAGAGAGAGAGUGUCAGCUGGUGAGCGCAGAUUAGUUAUACGGCAAAGUAGUUAAAAUGGAUAGCCAACGAUAACUGUCAAUACAAAAUCAAAAGCAAUAUGCAUCGAAGUUAGUUUUUACAUGUAGCACUUGCAGUAAAUCGACAUAGAAUACAUACAUAUAUGUAUUAGCCAGCCACGCCACGCCACGCCCCCACCACCCCACCACCCACAUUCAUCCCGUCAAAAGCACUUGCAUAUGUACUGUCAGCACGCCUCGAACAAACCACAUAGAGAGACCGAGAGAGAGAGAGAGAUAAAUAAAUAAUACAUACCAUUGCCACUAUCGCCUUCGCCAAAUCAGUAGCAGUAGUAGUGUACAUACAUACUAUACAUAUAUACUAUAGGUACGUACAUAGGAUAUCAAAUGGAAAUAGUUUUUAUAUGCAAUAAUAACAAGUUAGAGCAAUGAACAGAGCAAAACAAUAAUGAGGAGGACACCUAACGAUAUUCAUAUACAUACACACACACACACACACACAUUUGUAGGUAUAUACUAUAUAGUCACAUUUCGUAUCGAAUCACAAAAGCGGCUUUCGAAUUAAAAAAAAAGAAAAAACUCACUUCACACAGAAAACAAAACAAAACACACACCUAAAACUAAAACAAUAACGAUUUGUAGUCUAAGACAAUGAUUGAUAUUUGUAGCUAUAUGAAUGUGUAGGAAAUCGGCGUAUCAAAUUGCAUCCAUACUAUAUAUACAUAUAUAGACUAUAUACAUACAUAAAUACCCGUACAUAAGGGGCGUGCAAUACCAUUGCAACUUUACCAGCAUUUGGGUAUAUUUUUGUGGAAUAUACAAACCAUUAUUAGAUUAAAGCUCCAGCUCAAGAAACCCGAUCUACAGAACAGAUAGACAGACAGAUACAGAUACAGACCAGACCCCCGACCCGAUAGUUAACGCGCUCGUGUAGGCCAGUGAGGAAACGGAAACGGCAAC